AUGGUUGAAGGCCAGUCCCUGUCACAGAUGCUCGGUUCUCAGGGUGCUGAGAUUCACACGGAGAUGAAGCCGCAAAACGUUUCAAAUGGGGCAUGGACAUCUGCAACGUUGCAGCCUAGUGGUGCUCCCGUGACGGACAUGCUUGCUCAAACUGCAGUUCAGAUUCUGAAUGAGCUUGACUUGCAAGGUUCGGCCAAUAUGGCGUGGACGCUCUCUACCAUGCUUUUAGCAGACAGCUUUACCUUCCUGCCCUUGAGCGACCGGCUUCUCUGCAGUCCCCUGCUGGACAUUCGCAUUGAUUGGGAUCACGUUGCGAACGAGCUGACUCACAUUUGUCAACUUGCUUGGGCCUUCUCCUUUGCGAGCUGCUUGUCGCACAAGCUCGGGCAAAGGUUGAACCAUUUGCUGAUCGGGGUUGGGGAGCGUCUCGAUAGCGACGGUCCGCCCGAUUACAUGGUAGAUCCUCAAGGACUGCCGUCAUCGCAUGGCGUAUCCGAGAGCGCUCACAUGCUGCCACGCCUAGUGGUGGACCUGCAGGGCAUCAGCGUUGUUUUCAAACCACCUUACUGGGAGGUUGAUGCCAAGGGCAAGCUUUCUGGAAGUCGUCUGUAUUUGUCGAAUUACAUGCAGGGCUCCUACCCAUCCUCUCGUGUAGUGCGGAUGGCCGCAUUUGAGUACGGCUUCAUACACCGGCUGGAUAUCCCCAGCUCGGGCUUGGUUCUGGCAGGGACAAGCUUUCGGGGCCUGGCAGCGCUGCAAUGGCAAAUGCAUACGUACUCAAUCAGCCGUGAGUAUGUUGUGCUUCUCGCUGGUACCUGGCCAACCACAGUGCAGAAGGUCGUUGCGAAGGUCCAGGAUUUCUUUGUUGGUCACAGCAGCGUCAGCAGCGAUGGUCGACCUGCAGAUACGCGAGUCAAGGGUGUUCUUCACGCAAGUGGCUGCGAUGGACGCCUCACCUUGGUCUGCAUCUCCAUCUGCACAGGUCGAAAGCACCAGAUUCGAGUUCAUGUUCAAUGGCAGGGACACCCAACCGUCACGGAUGAGAAGUACUCCCACCGUACCAUCGUGGUCAGCUCGGCGAUGCAGGGUGAAGACCUGCCCGCUACACUCUACCGGAAAAGGCAGGCGGCAAAUUGUUUUCUCUAUGUUUUUCCCUUCAAUACGUUCAUCAUGAAAUCUGUUGACAAGUGUGUCUUUUCUCGAGCGGUGGCGAACAAGGCGUGCGCAGCGCGGGUGCGGAAAAGGGAGCAGGAAAUGCUCAGAUCGCGCAUCCGAAAUGUCAAGCCACAGAUUGACACACGACCGCCUGAAAGUAUGGGCCUCGACCACGUGCGGAACAAUCUGAAGAGGGAGCAACUGCUCGAAGAAAGGUACCAUGCCAUCGAUCGUGACAAUCGCAUUCUUCUUCAGAAAAUGUCGGACAUCAUGAAGACUCCAUCAGUGAAAUCCGGCCUUGGUGCACAGAGCAGCCCGUCCAGCCUCACGCGAGAUGCUCGCAAAGCUGAGCUGUCGCGAAUCACGCAGGAGAAUCUUUCCAUUCUCAAGCGCAUCCAGCAGGCCCAGCCCGUGUACAACCACGUCGAAUGGGAUGACUCAUACCGGCGCAGUCUGACCUACCUGAGGCGCUACUGGAAGUUGUGGAGCAAUGUGGAGCCUGUAUGUUGUCCCUCAAGCCAGACUGCCUGGCAAGUAACCUCCGUCCGCAGCCAUUGA